AUGGAUCAGCUCUCUGGUGGACCUGUGUCUGCUAUGUGGUGCUGGCUGGAUGUCCAGAGUCUGCUGCUCUUCUCUGUGGUGUUCUUGGUGAUAGCAGAUUAUGUCAAGAACCGUCGGCCAAAUAGUUUCCCUCCUGGACCCUGGGCGUUACCUUUUGUGGGGAACAUUUUCUCUGUUGACUUCAGUAAGACCCAUGAGUCAUUGACUAAGUUCGCGGAGACAUAUGGAGAUGUGUACAGUCUCAGAAUGGGCCAGACGUGGAUGGUGGUGCUGAAUGGCUUCAACACCCUCAAAGAAGCUCUGCUUACCCAGGGACACUGCGUGGCUGACCGCCCAAUACUUCCUCUCCAGGACGACGUGGCCCCCAAUCAGGGUAUCAUUACUACUAAUGGACACAUGUGGAAGCACCAAAGACGCUUUGCUCUUUUCACCCUCAAAUACUUUGGAGUUGGCAAGAAAUCCUUGGAAUCAGCCAUAGUGGAUGAAUCUAUGCAUUUCUGUAAAGAAAUUGCUGAUCUUAAAGGAGAACCCUUUAAUCCACACAUAAUCACCAACAACGCUGUUGCCAAUAUCAUCUGCACCCUGGUGUUUGGUCAUCGCUUCGAGUAUGGUGAUGAGAAAUUCAUGAAACUGAUGGGCUUGUUGGACAAAGGUAUCCAGAUUGAAGCAUCUAUUUGGGCACAGCUGUACAACUCAUUUCCUGUGCUGAUGAGGCGUGUGCCAGGGCCACAUCACACCAUCCGUAAAAUUUAUAGUGACUUCAUGGACUUGAUCAAAGUAGAUAUCAGUAAGCACAAAGAGGACUGGGACCCAUCUGAGCCCAGAGACUACAUUGACUGUUACCUGAGUGAGAUUCAAAAGAGCAAUGGGGAUGCUUUUGCCGAGGCUACCUUUUAUGAGGAUAACCUAAUAAUUUGUGCCUUGGAACUGUUUGUGGCUGGAUCUGAGACCACAUCCACCACCCUGCGCUGGGCCUUCCUCUACAUGGCAAAGUACCCCGAGAUUCAGGAAAAGGUCCAGGCAGAGAUAGACAGAGUGAUUGGACAGUCCAGACAGCCAUCCAUGAUGGACCGUGCUAAUCUUCCUUAUACUGACGCUGUCAUCCAUGAGAUCCUGAGGAUGGGCAACAUAGUUCCUCUCAGCCUGCCUCACAGCACCAACAACGAGAUGCAGCUGGGAAACUACACCAUCCCAAAGGGUGUUGUAAUAAUUCCCAAUCUGACCUCGGUGCUGUUUGACAAGAAAGAGUGGGAGACCCCAUACACCUUUAACCCAGGACACUUUCUAAAUGAGGAGGGCAAGUUUGUGAAGCGAGCUGCUUUCAUCCCUUUUUCUGCUGGUAAACGAGUGUGUCUGGGGGAGAAUCUGGCCAGGAUGGAGCUGUUCCUCUUCUUCACCUCCUUCAUGCAGCGGUUCACCUUCUCCAUGCCUUCUGGUGUGAAGCCUGUCUUGGAUUACCGCUUUGGGGUCACUCUGGCACCUAUCCAGUAUAAAAUCUGUGCCAAACUGCGUCAAGUGUCUUCCUCGCAAUAA